AACGUGCCGCGUGUAAAAAAUAUUAAAAAAACAAGGAAGUGGAAGACUUUCUCUCUCUAUGUCUGCCCUUUUCUCUCUCUGGACUGUUGCUCUCUCUAGUUUUUUCCUCAAGGAUUUGUCUGCUCGCGCUUGAUGGGGAGGAGCUUGAUUCUGUAGUGAUAAAUAAAUGGGAAAGAACAAAAAAGCCAAGUUGAGUCUGAUACACCUGCAAAAAUCGCCAUCCUUCUGUUUCUUCUGUUUCGGGUUACUGUAUCGACUUUGGAUGAGCGAAUAAAAUGGUUUUGGGUGAUGGGUAUGGUUGGAUUUUGCUGGGUUCCGUGAUCUUGUGGCUCAGAUUGGUUUCGUCGAGCUGACCCCACCUGGGAAUGCUAGUGAUAGUGAGCAAUAUAGAUAAGCGUAUUCGAAAUAGAAAUUAUUUGUCUGUUUAUGCUUUAUGUUGUAACUUGUAUGUGGGGGUGUUUGUUGAGCUGUUCUAUCUUCUCUCUUUGGGUUCUGGAACCUCUUGGGUCUGGUUCGAUCGUGGUAUUUGAGUUCGGCGGUGGAGCUUUAGCUUUCCACUUUUGAUUAUUUUGCAGAUUUUGUGGGUGGGUUUCUAGUCUUAGUUCAAUUUGGGUGGCCGUGGGAUUUGAAAAGUCGGUUUCGGAAUAUCUUUACUGUUGUAGAUUGGUUUUGAUUCGAGGGUUUUUGAACUGGGUUUAGUCGAAAAUUCUUGUACGGCUUGCAGGUUUUAGCUGAGCUUGAAUUUAUAGGUAGGUUCGUCUUCAACUUUUCUUGGUGGGUUUCAACUCUUAUUUGAAUUUGGGUGUCGACUCGGACCGAGGAUUAAAUUGAAAAUUUGGUUUUCUUUUUUAAUCAUUAAUAUUGUUUUUUGGGUGUUGGGGUUUGGUUGGGUUUAUGUUUGAGUUUGUGGGUUUCAAGCUAGACGGAAAAAGGGGCAGAAUCAGUUGAAUUGGGUGCAAAUGGCUUCCGGAAUCGAGUUUGAGGAAGACAGUGAAAACAAAGGUAGUAUGUGGGUUUUGGAUCAGAAGCUUGAUCAGCCCAUGGAUGAGGAGGCUGGCAGGCUUAGAAAUAUGUACAGAGAAAAGAAAUUCUCGGCAGUAUUGCUUCUUCGGCUUGCAUUUCAGAGUCUUGGAGUGGUCUAUGGAGACUUGGGCACAUCUCCCUUAUAUGUUUUCUAUAAUACAUUUCCUCGUGGAAUCGAAGAUCCUGAGGAUGUGGUUGGGGCUCUUUCGUUGAUCAUAUACUCCCUUACACUUAUUCCGCUGCUCAAGUAUAUUUUUGUUGUGUGUAGAGCAAAUGAUAAUGGCCAAGGUGGAACAUUUGCUCUUUAUUCAUUACUUUGUCGACAUGCAAAAAUAAAUACUAUUCCUAAUCAACAUCGAACUGAUGAAGAGCUUACAACAUAUAGUCGUACUACAUUCCAUGAACAUUCUUAUGCUGCAAAAACAAAAAGAUGGUUGGAGGGGCAUGCAUCUAGGAAGAACAUGCUCCUUAUUCUUGUCCUUGUUGGUACAUGCAUGUUGAUUGGAGAUGGUAUUCUCACUCCUGCUAUAUCAGUUCUUUCUGCUGCUGGUGGGAUCAAGGUGGAUCACCCUGGGAUGAGUAAUGAGAUAGUUGUUCUUGUCGCUGUUGUAAUCUUAGUAGGUUUGUUUAGCAUGCAACAUUAUGGUACAGAUAGAGUUGGUUGGCUCUUUGCUCCAAUUGUUCUGCUUUGGUUUCUUGUGAUUGGAGGUAUUGGUAUAUUCAACAUCUGGAAGUAUGAUAGCAGUGUUCUGAAAGCAUUUUCACCUGUGUACAUAUAUCGGUAUUUUAAAAGGGGAGGGAGAGAUGGUUGGACCUCUCUUGGAGGGAUCAUGCUUAGUAUCACUGGGACGGAGGCACUUUUUGCCGACCUAGCCCAUUUUCCAGUUUCAGCUGUACAGCUUGCGUUCACAGUAGUUGUAUUUCCUUGCCUUCUUUUAGCCUAUUCUGGACAAGCUGCAUACCUCGUGAAAAACCAGGAUCAUGUGGUUGACGCAUUCUAUCGUUCUAUUCCAGACAGCAUAUACUGGCCAGUGUUUGUUGUUGCAACUGCAGCUGCUAUUGUUGCGAGUCAGGCGACCAUAUCUGCAACUUUUUCGAUAAUCAAACAGGCCCUUGCUCUUGGCUGUUUUCCAAGAGUCAAAGUUGUACAUACAUCAAAGAAGUUUCUUGGCCAGAUAUAUAUUCCAGAUAUUAAUUGGGUCCUUAUGGUUCUUUGCAUUGCUGUGACUGCUGGGUUCAAAAAUCAAAGCCAAAUUGGCAAUGCGUAUGGGACAGCUGUCGUGAUAGUCAUGCUGGCAACCACAUUUCUGAUGAUAUUAAUUAUGUUAUUAGUGUGGCGCUGCCACUGGCUUCUUGUCUUAAUCUUCACUGGCUUAUCACUGGCGGUGGAGUGCACUUACUUCUCUGCCGUACUUUUCAAGGUCGAUCAAGGCGGUUGGGUCCCUCUUGUGAUUGCAGCUGCUUUUCUCAUUAUCAUGUACGUCUGGCAUUAUGGUACAGUGAAGCGCUAUGAGUUUGAGAUGCACAGUAAGGUUUCAAUGGCGUGGAUUCUUGGGCUUGGCCCUAGUUUAGGGCUUGUCCGUGUCCCUGGUAUUGGACUUGUGUACACUGAGCUAGCGAGUGGGGUGCCCCACAUUUUCUCCCACUUCAUCACAAACCUACCAGCCAUCCAUUCUGUCGUUGUUUUUGUCUGUGUCAAGUACCUUCCUGUCUACACUGUUCCAGAAGAAGAGAGGUUCCUUGUCAAGCGGAUUGGACCCAAGAAUUUCCACAUGUUCCGUUGUGUUGCAAGAUAUGGUUACAAAGACCUCCAUAAGAAAGAUGAUGAUUUUGAGAAAAAGCUCUUCGAUAAUCUCUUCAUGUUUGUGAGGCUAGAGUCCAUGAUGGAAGGGUGCUCAGACUCAGACGAGUAUAGUCUCUAUGGCCAAACCGAGCAAUCAAGGGACUGCCUGUUGAAUGAUAAUGGCAACACUAAUUCCUCCAACUUGGACCUGACAAUUUCAUCAGUGGAUUCAAUUGUGCCGGUGAAAUCUCCAUUGCACGCUAGCAAUACUGUCACAUCGUCAGGUCAUACCAGCAACCAGACAGAGGGUGAUGAGUUGGAAUUCAUGAACAACUGUAGAUCUGCAGGGGUGGUGCACAUACUGGGAAACACGGUAGUGAGAGCUAGGAGGGAUUCAAGAUUCUACAAGAAGAUAGCUGUUGAUUAUAUAUAUGCAUUUCUCAGGAAGAUAUGUAGGGAGAACAGUGUGAUCUUUAAUGUUCCUCACGAGAGUCUUUUGAACGUUGGGCAGAUAUUCUAUGUUUAAAUUCUUUGAUAACAUGAUCAAUAAGAGUUAAAUCAUGCUUACUGCCUUGACCCUA